GGAACUCAAUUCAAACUGAAACUCUCUCCAUUGAACCGACAAGUUAUUUUUGGAAGCUCAAUUUUAUGCCCUUUGGAUACAUCUCUUCUGCGAUUAUCAAUCAAAAUACACGGUGUGAACAUGAAAAACAUAGUCGGUGUCUGAAAAAAUACCAAGGGGGACAGUGGCUAAGUGAAAAAAAUAAUAUGAUUAUCGACAUAAAGUUGGUGGUGCCAGCAAUGAGGAAACUGUUUUAAUGACGGCUCCUCGAGUUUGAAUCGUCAAUCGGUUUAUAUAGCCGUUGGUUUACGGAGCUCUCAGAAGGGUUAGCUUUUCGGAUCGAGUCGGAAUAUUUAUAUCUGGAUCAGCGUUGUUCCACCGGUUGUGUGGUGUACAUGUGCAAACUGAAGGUGGCGAAUCCACGAGACUCAGGCGAGUACGUCAGAUUUCGGGCGGCUGGUGGUGGAAAUGAAGAGGUAGUGCCACCGCCGCCGCAGCAAUCGGAGGAACCCGUGCCGGUGGUUUCUGAAACCAUGUAUUCAGGGUACAGCAGAGCUUCGGAGAUGUCGGCGAUGGUGUCGGCGUUGACGCAUGUGGUUUCUGGGCAGCGAGCCGGAGAUUAUGGUUAUGCGUCAGGGUUUGUUGGAGCGGCUGGUGGCGUGACGUCGAGUUUCGGGAGUGGUGGUUCCGGGAUUUAUACUUCUUCAUCGCCUUUGUCAGCUUACUCUUCUUCUUCUGGUUCUGGUUCUGCUUCCGGUUCUGCAUCUUGGGUUGGACAGAAGAGAGGACGUGAACUCGAAGCUGCAACUCAAUAUUCUGAAACUGUUCCCAGGGUUUAUCGAGGGUUUGGUGAUUUCAGAGUUUCUCAUAGCGAGUCAUCAUCUGGUGCAACUGGGACAGAAGAAACUACGAAUAUGCUGCCACCAACCACCGCCAUUCCUGCAACGCCCUCAACUGAACCUGCUUCAAACCAAGAAAGUGGGGAGCGAAGAAGAAGAUACAGAGGUGUGAGGCAGAGGCCAUGGGGGAAAUGGGCGGCUGAGAUAAGGGACCCUCACAAAGCUGCGAGAGUGUGGCUGGGUACAUUCGAUACAGCCGAAGCAGCUGCCAGAGCUUAUGAUGAAGCUGCGCUCAGAUUCAGAGGCAACAGAGCCAAGCUCAACUUCCCAGAAAACGUCAGAUUAAUGCCACCUCUCCAGGUUUCUCCGGCGACCCAGCUGUCCAUCUCCGGUCCGCCUGCAACCCAAUUGCCGGUUUCUUCAUCGCCGCCGCCCUUUUUUCAGGGCCAGGCCUUGCAGAACCCCGACAUUGUCAGAGACUACUGGGAAUACUCCCAGUUGCUGCAGAGCUCCGGCGACUUCCAUGGACAACAACCCACUAGUUUGUUAGAGCAGAUGUUCUAUUCCCAAUCCUUGGCUUCUCUCCAAUCCUCCGCUUCUCUCAGCUCACCAUCAAUAUCAUUUUCAUCGUCAUCUUCAUCUUCAUCCACAUCUUCACUCUCAUCCAGAUUCUCUUCAUCUUCAACUCCAUAUCCCCUGCUUUUUCCCGAGCAGCAGAUGGGAUAUCCUCAGCCACCAGGAAAUCAAGGCCAGGGUAGUAGCUCAGAUUUUCCGGCGCCGUCAUGGACGGGCUCCGGCCACUACCCCUCCUCUUCCAGUUGAUUCCGAUUUCUAUUUUAUUCCAUUUUAUUUUAUUUUAAAACCUAAAUAUCUUUCUUGCUUUUUGUUUAUGAUUGUGAUGUACUCUGUCCUUCACGUAGCUUCCUUUAUCAUAUUUUUAUUGUAAAAAAAAGGAACAGAUCAUUAAAGUUAGAGGAAAAAACAAAAACCCAUUUACAUUUA